AUGCAUUUCAUCAUCGACUUUGUGGCCGCCAUCACGGUGAAGCUACUUGCACUGGCUGUCGUCUCCUUAUUCAGCAUUGCCAUCUAUCGACUCUACUUUCACCCCCUCGCAGCGGUACCAGGACCUAGAUUGGCGGCAGUGUCAAACAUCUGGCAUGCCUACCAUGUUCGGAAUGGUCGAAUGUUGCGACUGGGCAAGACCCUUCACAGGACAUACGGUCCCGUCGUCCGGGUCGGUCCUAAUGAAGUGUGGCUGAAUAGCAAAGCUGCUUUCUCCCAAAUAUACAGCGUAACACAUGGAUUCCCCAAAUCAGAUUUCUACGUGGCAUUGGCUUUGAACCGACCGACUCUCACUCCCUCCUUGGAGAUUACCUUUCCUAACACACUGGAUCUGCUGGGCGAAUUUGACCUCCCGCGAUACCGAUUGCAGCGGAGACUCAUUGGUCCAGUCUACUCCAAGCGUAAUCUGCUCAAGCACGAAAAGGCCAUUGACGAAGUCUUACUCCUGGCCAUCUCUCGGUUGCGCGCGCUGAAGGGUGUUGAGGUGGACCUCAAGGAAUUUAUGCAUAUCAUCACGGUCGAAUGCCUCACUGCGGUGGUUCUUUCUUGGUCACCAGGCUACCUCAAAGCAGGAACUGAUUUUGGUGUUGCUCAUCAUGCAUACCUUGGCUGGAGACGGAAAAGUGUCUUUGGGCUCUUCCCAUGGGCCGAGAUUAUCGAUGGUUACGCACCGAGCCUUGGUCGACUGUUUGCAAGAUUGUGGGUUCUGACUUACAAGACACCGCCGCGCUACAAGGCACUCUUUCCUCUUCUGGGCACGAAAUCCAAGAAGCGCAUCACUGUUGCUAUGCGUCCUGCUCCUCCAAAGGACAAACGGGAAGAUCUCGUGUUCGAACUGAUUCGACUCCACAAGGACAAGCCCGAAUUCACCGAGGACUACCUCAAGCGAAUGGUCAUGAGCAACUUUGGCGCUGGUCACGAAACCAUGACUUCGGCUCUGACAUCCGUAUUCGCCAUGAUCGGGUCACAUCGUGAUGUUCAAGAAAAGGUUGUGUCUGAGAUUUCUGCGACAACGGACGGAGAUGGUGCAACAUCCUACGCUGAAGCAUCGAGCAUGCAAUACACUCAAGUAGCAAUCAAAGAAGCUCAGCGAUUGUAUCCCACCAUCGGCAUGAGCCUAUCAAGACGAGUGCCAUCUGCAGGCCUCCGUGUCAACGGACUGUACUUUCCACCAGGAACCACAGUCGGCUGCAAUCCAGUCUCUCUUCAUCGGAAUCCAGACAUAUUUGGCCCGGACGCCGAGGACUUCAUCCCAGAGCGAUGGAUGGAUGCUAACCGGGCUGUCGAUAUGCAUCGCUAUAAUCUCAYCUUCGGCGGUGGUGCAAGGACUUGUCCGGGACAGAAUCUCGCCGAGUUGAUCAUCUCCAAAGCUGUGCCAACACUGAUCAAGCWCUUUGAUAUGCAGGUGGAAAUGCCGCGAGAGGAGGAGAUUCGAUACUACUUUAUGGCCAUGUUGACUGGGGUUAGAAUGCGGUUUGUUGAGAGACAGGAGAUAAUGUAUGAAGAUGCUUGA